AUGAAGGAAGUAACACGACGUAAGGAUAAAUUAAAUAUGGAACAAAAUGAUACAAAGAAUGAUUUGACAAUUGGGCAUAUAAUAGUAAAAAACAAGGACAAUGUUGUUAAAAAAAAUAAUUCAGGUUAUUCCAGAAAAUCGGGUAAAAAAAAUAAAAAUAGUGUUGAUGCAAAAAGAAAGAAAAGACUAAUAGAUAAAAAACAAGUGAAAAAAAAGAGGAAAAUUAAUAAGGUAAAAAAUGAAGAGGACAAAAAAGAAUGUAAACAAUUUGCAAACUCAAAUAGUAUGGUUGAAUAUAAUAUAAAUAAAGUGGUCUAUGAUAUAAACAAAAAUGACCUCAUACGGGGGGAUGAUAAUAAUUAUAAAAAUGUUUAUUUAGAAAGAAAUAAACAAAAAUAUAAAAAAAAGAAAAAAAUCGAAAAGACCCCAGAAGACAUAGUUAAUUCGUCCUUAUUCAGGUACAUUAAUGAAUUUAUGUAUACGAAUAAAAGUGAAACUGUCCAAAAAAAAUUAAAUGAAACAAAAAAUGUUUUUAAUAUAUAUCAUAUGGGUUAUAAAAAUCAAAAAGAUAAAUGGCCAAAUAAUCCAAUAAAUGAUAUAAUAAAAUAUUUAAGGAAAAAUUUUACAAAAAUUGAUAAAAUAGCAGAUUUAGGAUGUGGAGAAGCAGAAAUAGCUAAAACGUUAAGUGGUUGGUCCAUAAGUUCUUUUGACUUAAUUAAAUUUAAUGAGUAUGUUACUGCUUGUAAUAUAACACACUUGCCUCUUUCGAACAAUUCUCAGGACUGUGUCAUUAUAUGUUUAAGUCUUAUGAAUACAGAUUGGCCAAAAAUUAUAUUUGAGUCAGUUCGAUGUCUCAAAAAAAAGGCAACAUUAAUAAUAGCUGAUGUGGUUAGCCGGUUUACGAAUUACAAAGCAUUCGUUAAGUUCAUGAGCAAUGUCGGGUGUACACUAUCGAAUCAAGUAAAUUUGGAUAAUUUUUUUUACAUAUUCUUUUUUGAGAAUAAUAAAAAGGACAAUGUUUCGCUUACAGUAAAUGAAGGAAAAGUUAAAAAGUUUUCAAAACUAUUAGCUCCAUGUUUUUACAAGAGAAGAUAA